CAGCUUUGUACAUAAAUUUGCGUACCACGUAUUUUAACUGAAGACAAAUAGAAUGAAAUAUUACAAGGAUAUAGAUAUUUUGUCUUUGAAUGAAAAUUGUUUUUCGUUUCAAGAAAUACAAAUUACACAAGAGGAAAUCAAAUACGAAUUUGAAAGAGUUUCACUUGCAUACAGAGAAUUGAAUCGUUUUCCAAGAAAAUUAGCACUAUAUUUAGGAAAAAAUAUUAAAUUUUUAGAUUUAACAUACAAUAACUUGCAAAAUCUUCAAUUUUUAUCGAAUUUUCCACUUCUCCAUACUUUAGUGUUAGAUCGAAAUCCUCGACUAAAUUUCAAAUCUUUACCAUAUUUGCCAAGAUUACAAAUUUUAUGGUUAAAUAAUUGUAAUAUUAUUAACACAAAUGAUUGGGUUUUGCAAUUAAAAAUAAAGUGCCCGAAUAUCAAACAAUUAUCAAUGAUGUGUAAUCCUGUUGGUUUAACCUGUUUAAACGGCAUCAGUCAAGAUCAAGAAAGGAUAUAUCGAAAGGAAAUUGCUGAACUACUUCCCACUUUAAUGUAUUUUGACGGAGCUCCAGUAACAUCGACUCAUGAAAACUCAGAAAUGGGUAAAAUCUUAAAAGUUAUGUAUUUGCUGAGGACAAAGUGGCAAAAUAUUUGGGAUUUCCAAUAUCUCAAGAUGUUGGAAAAUCAAAAACGUAUAGUUUAAAGUGCUACACCAGUUAACUGUUGAUUUUAGUUUAAUAGGUUAUAGAUAUUAUGUAAAUACUAAAUUACGUAAAUCAUUAUAUAUAGAUUGCAAAAAGAAAUUUAUCAAAUUUGGUUUAUUCUUAUUAAUCUUACUUAUGUAAAUAAUGUUAUGUAAAAUAUUCAUUAAAAUCUUGUAUGCUUAUAAAAUACGUAAUAUGCAGAAUUUUUUAUUUUUCUUUUACUUAUUGGAUAUUACUUUGAAUAUUACUUCCAACAUUUUGAAUGAACUUAUUGGAACAAUUUCUCUAUACAAGAGUAUAGAAAGAUAAUUAUACUUAUCAAAAGAUUGGGGUAAUUUUUUUUUAUCCUGCUAUACUUCUUUCUAUUAUAAGAAUA